GAAGAAUAAGGCUAAACAGUAUGGAUAGUUUUGUUGUGUCACAAUUAUUCAAAAUGUGCAUAUAUUCAUGUGUGCCAAAGUAUACCUACAUUUAGCAGCUAAUCUCUUGUGAUGCGAUUCGCGUUAAUAGAUUAUAUCUUUCGCUGGUACGCAUAAAUGUAUGAUCAUAUGCAUAAAUAGGGUAAUAGUAAAUGUAAACAUUUGAACAGGACGUUUGAUAUUCACUUCCCAUAGGGUUACUUAUCAUCAUAAAAACACUCAGGAGGCUGGAAUGGCUGCUAUCUGUUUAUAUUCCUGGGAUAUGCAUGAAGAGUGAAGUAAUUAUGCCUUAUUAAUGGGGAGAAAUGGAUGUAUAAAUCCUUGAUGAAGUAGACAAUACAUCCAGAUACUAUGAGAAUUUCAUCAUCAAGUAUAAUACUCAUACAACUUAUGGUUCCUCUGGUAACUGUUACAUCAUCUAAUAAAUCGACUAGUGGAUCAGUUGGUCCUGAUGUUAAAUUUCUUUCGAAUAUUAUUGGACCGCCAACACAAUUAAUGCUUGAAAUUGCCUGUGAUAUACUACGCCCAUGUAUUAAGGUGUCAUGGCUUCCACCGAUUGGAAUUCAUCAGUCAUCCGAUGAUACAGCAGAUAACAUUAUGAAAAAUCAAGACAAGAUAACUGGAGAUGAGAAUGAAAAGAACACGCAAAAUACACUACUAGCUUAUAAUAUACGUUAUCGUAUUAUACACCCGAUUGAAUUAUCUCAUUCAGGUUUACACAACAAAUUUUUAAAUGCUGUUGACGGAAAUACACUUCCAUAUCCGAAAACAAUCGAGAAAAAUAUUACUGGACUACAAUAUACUAGUACUCCAGGUGAACAUUUGUUCGGCGUGAUUUAUGAAGUUUCCGUUGCUGCAGUAACUAAAAAUGGAUUCGGACAAGAAGCAGUAGGGCGAAUUCCUAUGCCGGAAGCAGCCCCUUCCGAUGCUCCGAGUAAUUUUCGUGUAGUCAGCGGAGAUCAGACUUCCGUAAAGUUGGCCUGGGAACCUCCGCCAUUAUUGUAUCGGAAUGGUAUUAUUACAAAAUAUCAAGUUCGGUGUUAUGUUGUAGGUUCAGAAGAAAACCGUGAUGAACUGAAAACACUUACAGAACAAUCCUUGAAUCUAUUCAACUUACUCCCAGCUACACACGCAUGUUUAGCGCGUGCUUGGACUAAAGCCGGUCCAGGUCCUUGGAGUGAUCGUAUCCAAUUUCUUAUCAGUCCAAAAGGUCCAUCACCACCGACAGAUAUUCAAGGAUACUGGAAAACUCCAUAUAUCAUAACAGUUGAAUGGAUACUACCAGAUGACAGAACAAAUAUAGCCCAUUUGAUUAUUCAUUAUACAACACAAAACAAUCCUGAUUUAUGGUACAAACACUUUAUAAAAGAAAUUAAAACAACGGAAGAUUUAAGUAACUUAUCACCAAAUGAAGGUUACUUAAUUCGUCUAAGUUCAGUAGAUUUCAACGGAAAUGAAGGUCAGUUAUCAGAUAUUGUUAAAAUUCAUCCAUACCAGCGUACAAAUGUUAUUCGUGAUGAUGGUGAUGAUAAUAAUGACAAUCUCAAUGGCCAUAGGAAGAAAGGUUAUCCAAAAGUGGAUGAUAUUAUUAACAACAUGAAUAAUCGUGAGGAUUAUCGUUUCAGCUUUAUGGAUAUACCUGAUCAACCAGAGAAAUUUACUGUUCAAAAUUUCAAAUGUGUACAUAAAACGCCAAGUUCAAUAACUAUUGAAUGGUUACCCCCGGUGCAUUUGGCCAAUCUAUUGGAAUAUCAGUUGCAUUCAUCUGGACGUAGUGAAUUUUUUACAAGUAGUGGUGUAUUAAAGUCAGUUUAUUUGGGUGAAAUGAAUCUUCAUCGCAGUAUAGAUCUACAAAUUGAUACUAGUAGACCUGAAAUGUUGAAUUGGCCUUUAGUCAAUUUAAUUGGUGAUAUAUCAGCUCUGGAACAUCAUCAACAGCAUCAACAACAAACGCAUAAGAUGAAAAUACCAAAUUUAAAACCGAAUAGUCAGUAUAAAGUAACUAUACGUCCUAUUUAUCGUGCUCUAAUCUCAGAAGGCAAUAUUGGUGCCAAAGAAGGAAUACCUGUCACUAUAAUAUGUCAUACUGAAUGGAGUGCCCCACAGUACAUCAAGCCACCUGAAAUACUUGCAAUCUAUUCAGGCCCACCAGAUCCACAAGGUGCAACUUCAGUUAUUGAAGUAAAAUUACAUCGUGUUUCAGAAGAAAAUGGUCCUAUACAUAAUUACUACAUUAUUGUAUCCCCGGAGUUAAAUACAGUGGAAUCUGAUCUUAAUUCUUUCAACAAUAUCCAUCUUGAAACAUCGAAGCAUCCAAGUAUUGAUGCAUCACAAUAUGAUCUGAAAAUCCUAUCUCAAAAUACUGACCUACCAAGUAAUCAAGCCCCUUAUUUAGCCCUGGCACGUCAUACAUUAAAUUUAUUUCAACCGAAUCACGAGACAACCAUAGUUAUAUUAGGGAGCGAAGAGACAGAUAAUUUUGUUGUACAAAAUCAGUAUUAUUUACACACCAUGAAUGGAAGUAAUGAAUCAUAUGAAGGAUUAUCAUCACAACAAGUGUAUCAGAAAACGACUGAACUGAUGCCAAAUUUUCAUGAUAUUACAUCUGAUACAUAUGAUAAAACUGGUAACAAUAUUGACACUAACCCAUACUACUAUAACUAUAAUAUGUACACAAAGACACUACAAGUGAAUAAUAAACGUCUGUUUCAAUCAGCGACAUACCGUGUUGCUCUGAGAGCGUGUUCUCAGUAUCCUGAUGGUCAUCAACUAUGUUCAACAAGUCAGUGGUCUGAAAGAAUAUCCUUUAUAAACCCGACGAAGAUGAACAACUUGUCAAGGUUGAAAUCUCAAAAAGACAAAACCUUUGUGUGGAGCAUACAAGAAUCCCCUUCAUUCACUAUAAUUUUGGGAGGUUUAGCUAGUGGAUUAAUAUUUUUCGCUGUAUUAAGUACCAUACUGGGAUGUAUUUUGAGGCGCAGAAAGCAACAACUCAAUCGAAGAUCGAUGCUUGAAACAACUAACCAAUGGGAUGCACAAAUAUGCAGAGAUCUUAGUAAAUCAAUAUUUACUGAAAAUUCAUCUGGACCAAAUAAUUCACGUACUAAAUGCUAUUCACCAAAAAACAACAAUUUUCCAACUUCCCAACCAUCUAAUUAUUUUCUAAAUUUGCACACAGAAGGAUCACACAGUCCAUCGAAUUCAAGUAGUGGUAUACUAGGAAUAAAUCCUCCACGACCAAGCACAGGUGGACUAUCCGUUGCCACAAAUAUCACCUCUCCACUAGCAUCACCCACGAACCAACUAACAAUAUCCGAUUUAUCACCAACAAUCACUAGGUCAGUUCAUAUGAACCUAGGAAGUACAGGACAAAGGCAUGAAUCACCAACACGCAGUGUAAAUAGUAGUGAAGUUGUUGUUAGCAAAAUGACAUUUAAAGUUAAUUCCAAGCUCGGUACUACUAAUGCAUUAGAAAAUUUCCAGCAACUUGUUCGCGAUGGAACAAUUGAAAUUCAUCGAAUGCCUAUUGCAGUUGAACAACUUCAAGAAGUAAUUUAUCACGCAAAGAAUAAUAAUUAUAUUAACUUUAAUCAAGAAUUUCAAGCAAUUGAACAAAUAUCAUCGACAAGAUACAUCAGUGCAGUACACUCAAAUCUAGAUAUAAAUAAACGGAGAAAUAGAUAUCCAAAUAUUUUAGCUUACGAUCGCACACGUGUAACAAUACAAUGGAGUCAUCAUUCUCAAAUUGGAAAUAGUUCAGGAUCGGAUUAUAUAAAUGCUAAUUUUAUUGACGGUUACAGAAAGCAAAAUGCAUAUAUUGCAACUCAGGCUCCAUUAACCAAUACAUUUGAUGACUUUUGGUCAAUGAUUUGGGAACAAAAUACAAGUGUUAUUGUAAUGUUGAGCAAAAUUAUUGAAGAAGGUCAGAUUCAAUGUGAUCAAUAUUGGCCAACCAGUGGAAAACUGAUCUUCUCUGAUAUAAUUAUAACUCAUUUAGAAACAAUUGAAUUAGCAAAUUAUACUAUGAGAAAUUUUGAAAUACGAAGACAGAAUGAACACAGAAGGAUUUGGCAUUUGCAGUACACAAGUUGGCCAGAACAAGGUAUACCAACUUAUUCUACAGUAUUUUUAAUGUUUCUUCGACGUGUUGGUACAAUAACUCCAGCUGACUGUGGUCCGAUUGUUGUUCAUUGUUCAGGUGGCACUGGGAAAACGGGUGUUUACAUAGCAAUCAACAUCUUACUUGAACGCAUGAAAUGUGAGUCUGUGGUCGACGUAUUUGGAUUAGUCAAUCAACUACGCAUGCAACGCAAUUAUAUGGUUGAGACACAAGAACAAUACCAGUUUAUCUACACUACAUUACUUGAAUCGAUCACUGAUGGGAAUACAGAAGUGCCAGCACGUAAUCUCUACACGCAUUUACAACAUUUGUCGACGCUUCAAACAGCCAUUACGAAUGAUUAUUCAAUGAAUCUUAGUAGUCAGCUGUCUCCUUCAUCACCACCAAACACAUCAGUGCACAGUAUAAGUGAGAAUACUAAUACUGGGACGGCGACAAGAACAGCAACAAAUUCUUUAGGCUAUACUGGAUUGCAGCUGGAAUUUCGUAAGAUAAAUAAACUAUCGCCAAAUGUUACACUGGGAUUGAAUUAUGUCACAUCGAAAUCUGGUAACGUAGGCCGUUCAGCAUCUGGGAGUUCACUACACGAUUUUAAAUCAAUCGUCUCCUGUGAAGUGGCUAAGAAAAGUGUUAAUUUUAACAAGAAUCGGUUGGUGAGUAUCAUACCAUUUGACUGGAAUCGUGUAACCCUAUGUCCAAUACGUGGAGUAGAUGGAUCUGAUUAUAUAAAUGCUAGUUUAAUAGAUGGUUAUUUAAAGAAAAAUGCAUAUAUUGCUUGUCAAGGGCCAAUGGUAUCAACUGUAGAAGACUUUUGGCGUAUGGUAUGGGAAAAGCAUAGUUGUCUGAUAGUUAUGUUAUGUUCAGUGAAAGAAGUGGGAAGGAAAAAUGUUUCACAUAUUGGCCUGAAGAGAAACCAGCACGUUAUCAAUUUUUUGUAGUUGAUUUAACAGCUCAGUACACAAUGUCUAGUCAUGUUUUAAGAGAAUUUAAAGUAACUGAUGCACGUGAUGGUGAAUCAAGAACAAUAAGGCAGUUACAAUACAUUCGAUGGAGUGAACAAGGAAUACCACAAACUGGUGAAAGUAUUAUUGAUUUAAUUGGACAUGUACAUAAAAUAAAAGAACAAUAUAAAUACGAUGGGCCAAUUACUGUUCACUGCAGCUCUGGUGCUGGCCGAACAGGAUUAUUCAUAGCUAUGUGCAAUGUAUUAGAAAGACUUCGUCAAGAGUCGGUUGUUGAUAUGUACCAAACAGUCAAGUUGCUUAGACAACAACGUGUUUGGAUGGUUCAAACUGAAGAACAAUAUCGUUUUUGUUAUAACGCAACAUUGGACUAUUUGAACUCAUUUGAUUUAUGUACACAACCCCAAUUACUGAUUCAAACAACAAAAAUUUACAUAUGAAUUCACCAAACCUUAAAACAAAACUAAAAUCUUCACCGUUUUCUGAUAAAACUGUUAUAUUUGAAUUAGAUAAAAAUUAUGAGCUAGGCAAUAAUUUAGUCAAGUAGUUAAUUUUAACAAAUUCAAAACUCUAUUGUGUUCAUUGUUCAUUUAAGCUGUUCCUGAAACACACAUAUAUACUCAUCUUUGUGUAUAACUAAAAUUAAAAGUAUUUUAUUUUAUUUAUUUACUGUUUAAAAAGAAAUUUAUCUCAAGAAUAAAAUUCAACUGUUUAAGCAAGAUUUCUACUCUGUUAACAAGGAUCACGUUCAAAUGAAAGUUGCCCAUCAGAUAAUGGUUUUCAUUAGGCCAUGUAGCAAAUAAAACUUAGACAUUUUGUUUCUACCAAUGGUUUAUGAUUAUACAUUGCUUAUAUACACUUAGUCGUAAGCCCAUCAUUUUCUUCAGUGAUCAUAUCAAGUCAGAGAUAAAACAGUAAUUCUGUUAAAGAAUAAUUUGAAGUUCUUCAAAGCAGAAUUCUAUUGAAGUUUUUAAAAAAUGCUGGUCACAAAUAUAUACUUUGUUAGUUUUCAGAAUUUAAUAAACAUUCAUUUACAAAAAGUAUAUGUAUUUUUCGAAGACCUGUAUAAAAUAUGAAUUGUGAAGUUGCAACAUGAAACUUAUCCUUUAAAUUAAAAUUGAAUACUUUGC